GUAAACAUCUUGGAAACAAAACAUAAAUCUAGCUCUAAAAAAAAAUAAUUUUUGGUGAUAAAUUGUGUUGACAAAAAAGAAAAAGUGAACAAAAACAAUGGAGUUCCCAUCAAUGGUGGAACGCACGGGCGACCGUCUGGUGGUGCGCAAUCUGUUCAAUAAUACGGCCAUGUAUCAAAUGCCUGUUGGAAACAAUGCUGACGAUGACACUGGGGGACCGGAGUCCAAUUUACCAUUACUCGCACAAGGAGCUGAAUGGUACCAGGACAAACCGAACGCUGAGGGCGAGCUGCCACAACUGCCACAGUGCAAGAUACGCAGAAACUACAGCUGUGGCCAUUGCGCAUUCUUCACCCAGAAUCCGCGCAGUCAUCUGUCACACCUGCGCGAUGUGCACGGCGAACGGAUCAGCAUAAACGAGUGCAAGCUCUGCCUCUAUGCCUCGCGCCAUUUCCAGAAGCUGGUGCGUCACAUGAAGAUGGUGCAUGGCUGCACCGAUACGUCAAAGCGCCUGCCCGGAGAAGAGGGACAGGGGCGCGGCAAGCGCAAUAUAAGUCGCGAGGCACUCAAGCGUCGCCUGGAGGAGAGCAUCGAAAUGCCACGUCCGGCUGCAGCUGUGGCUGUGGUUGAGGCAGACGACAGCAAAGGCAUUUCUCCCGGACUGGUGCACGUAAUGCAGAACGGACCCUCGCUGGAGCAGCUUAAGAUUGAGCUGAAGCAGCAGGAGCAGGAUUUGCUGGCCAAUGUGCAGGCCUACAAUCGCCAGCAGGAGAUGCAGGAGCUACAGAAGAUCGUGGCCAACGGCGACAAUAUAUUUUCGAUGGCCUUUGAGCUCCAGAGCAAGAUGAUGCCACCCACGCCUGACACAAACGAUUCCGUCCAAAUGGACUUUCAGAACAACAACAGCAGCUCCGAUUCAGAGGGCAGCAGUCCGACCAACGAGGAGACUGCCAUGUCCAACGACCCAAAGAAGUAUCAGUGCCAGAAAUGCUCGUAUAGCACGCCGAUUCGUGCCCGAUUCAAGAAGCACGUCAAAUACCAUUCGAUGCCCCUGAUCAAGUGUGACUUGUGCGACUUCCACUCGCCCUACAAGUGGAAUCUGGACAGACACACCAAGAACCAUGGCGCCGAUGGGCACUUUAAGUGCAGCCUCUGUGACUUCAGCACGGACAUCAAGCAAUCACUAACCAUACACGAGCUGAACCAUCAUGUGCCCGCCGUGGGCCAUCCCACUCGUCGUCGUGCCGCCAAGAAACAGGAGGGCCAAUUGGAUUUGAAGCCGAGCAGUUCCAAAACGCAUUCGCCAUCCAUCGACGCGUCGUUGGAGUUGACCGGGAUCACCUGCUCUCACUGCAAACAACUCGUGCCCAGUGCCAUGGAACUGGUCAAGCAUCUGCAGUUGUGUCCGCCUGCUUUGGCCAACACUAAGCAGCUUUUGGCUACUUGCCUGCCCAGCCAAGACAUGGCGGCCUCAACAGAGGAGGAUUACCCAGCACCAGCAAGUGAUGUCAAUUACUGCGGCGUAGAAACAGCUCCUGGCUAUGGAGAGGUCACGGAACCGUACUUCGGCAAUGAUGCCAAUGACUCGACGCCCAUGAAGAAGGUCUUCAAAUGUCCACACUGCACUUUUUGGGCAGCCACUGCCUCGCGCUUCCAUGUUCACAUUGUGGGCCAUCUCAAUCGGAAGCCCUUUGAGUGCUCGCUGUGCUCUUACCGCUCCAACUGGCGCUGGGACAUCACCAAGCACAUCCGCUUGAAGACCAAUCGUGACAAGUCCCACAACCAAGCCCGUGUGCUGAUGAACGAUGAGACUGGACGCCGCAACUACACAAAGUACAAUCAGUAUUUGACUCUAAUGAAGGUCAAUCCAAGCACGGAGGAUUCCAAGGCCGCACGCACGACUGAACAAUGCGAUCCAAUGACAGAGAUGAUUGAGGAAGGGCCGCCCAAGAAGAAGCCGCCUUUAAAGAACGUUGCAGACAUGGAUGAUGCUGGUGCUGGUCAGUCAUUCCUUCGCAAUCUCUGGGACACGGAUUUGACGCUGCAGCAGCCACCAACACCCACAGACGUGAAUGAGUCUGCCACAAACGACGAAGAACAGUAGGGAAGGCUCCAAUCCAUCCACAAAACAAUUUAACACUGAAAUGAACAAAGAAAAACAAGUCCUAUAAUUAUUAAGCUUACACUACUUGUAAAUAAUUCCAAAUAAAACAUUUAAACACUGACAC